CAUACAGUCAGUCACUAUGUCAACUCUGAGACCGGUAUAGUUGCAUGAGUUUCUUGUGGUCUUUCAACUGGAAGUAUAAUUAUAAUGCGGCCCUUUUCGAUCGUGGCGAUUUUACUGUCAGUUGCAGCUGCUUAUUAUAUUUAUCUGCCUCUGCCCAGCACUAUAUCAGAGCCAUGGAAACUCAUGUUUAUGGAUUCUAUAUUGCGUGGUGUAAUGCAUGUGAGCUUUUUAGCUCACAAUCUUGGACUGAGUCGACCUUUUGAUAUUGCAAAGUAUGCUGCAUCAUGGGAUGAAAUAAAGGGUCCACAGUCCAGCCCAGUAAUCCGGGUCACAGAAACGUCAUUUGGAGGAGUGCAGGCGCAAGUGUUCGAGUCCACAGCAGCAGACCAAGAACCACCUUUGAAAAGAGGUGUGGUCUAUUUCCACGGAGGUGGAUGGACACUCGGCAGUGGAAAGAUGCAAACGUAUUUCCUUCAGUGCUGGUCUAUGGCUGAAGAGUUGGAUGCAGUUGUAAUAUCAAUUGAGUACACGCUGGCCCCGGAGGCACGUUUCCCAGAUCAGUAUAACGAAGCCAUUCAGGCCUCCAAACACAUCCUGACAGCCGAGGUGUUGAGUCGGUACUCCAUAGACCCGAAACGAGUGGCUGUGUCAGGGGACAGCGCCGGUGCCAAUCUGGCCGCUGCUGUGGUGCAACAGAUGGCUUUGGACAAAAGUGCUUCUAUUAAGUUCAAAGUUCAGGCACUUCUCUACCCUGUGCUUCAGGCCUUGGACUUCAACACCCCCUCGUACCAGCAGAACGGCCACAUUCCCAUCCUGCACCGUCCACUCAUGGCUCGCUUUUGGCUUGAGUACCUAAACGGGGAUCCAAGACUUGUUACGUCUUUACUGGCAAACAACCACUCAAUCUCAACCCCAAGCCAGGAGAUAGCAGCGGCCAAAGCCAAGACCAACUGGACCAAGCUUCUUCCGGUGGCCUUCCAGAAGAGCUAUAAACCUGUGUUUCCGCUUCACGGCGACCCAAAGCUGCUGGAGAAGCUGCCAGGGCUGCUGGAUGUGAGAGCGUCGCCUCUCCUAGCUGAAACAGAAGUGCUGAAGGCCGUGCCGCCCGCUUACAUCAUGACCUGUGAGCAUGACGUGCUGAGAGACGACGGACUCAUGUACGCCACACGACUGGAGGAGGCCGGAGUCCACGUCACUGUUGAUCAUGUUGAAGAUGGCUUCCAUGGAUGCCUCAGUUUUGCUUUUGGACCCUUUCGGUUUUCUGUAGGGUUUCGAAGUUUUAGGAGUUAUAUCCUCUGGUUGAAGGAGAACCUCUAGCAGGUGUUUUUUUUUUUUUUUGGUGGGUGGGUGGGGUAUUAUGUUAUGGUAUUAAUCAUUUUGAUUUCAAACAUUAACCAAUGGUUUUAGACUUAAAAUACUGUGCAACAUGUCAAUGCAAUAGAUUAUGAAAAGCACACUGAUCAAGCCCAAAACUAUUGAAACUAUGUUUCAGUAACAAUACACAAUUGUUUUCGUAGCAGUGGGUUUAUAGUGGAUGUAAUGCAGGAUAAUCCAGAUUACACAAAGGGUUUUUUUUGAUUGUGAACCCAUCCCUAUUAGUUCUGUCAUGGAAAUUAUUUUAUUGAUAAUAUUUUAUGUAAAAAUCCGCAGAGUGUGACCGAAACAAAUUGUCAAUUUCUAUUAAAAAUAUAUAAAUAAAUAAAAAACAUGAAAAUGAAUACAUAUAAAUUAUAAAAGUAUUAAAAAUGACUUACAAUGUAAUUUUUAUAUUAAUCUGCAGUGACAAAAAAUAGACAAUGUCUAUUGAAUAUAUAUAUAUAUAUAUUAGUAUUAAGAAUGACCAGUUAGACAGUAAUUGUUCUAAAAAUAUACAAAUACAUAUAUAUAAAUAACAAAUGUUAAAACAAGCCCAUGCAAAAAAAAAUAAAAAAUAAAAAAACAACAAGUAAAAAACGAAACGUGUAAAACAAGACACUAGUUUCAACACACUGUAGUUCUCAUAUUUCUCAGUUAAUGAGCAGAUGGGAAGACAAGACAGUUCAUGUCUUUCACACUCAAGACUUGCAGCGGUAUACAUUUUUAUUUAUGCGUGCACAAACAAGCAUGCAAUUGUGCUCUCUGCACUAGUUUUGUGCAGCUGCAUCUAGGCAUCACCAGGCCUCAAGAAGUAGACUCAUUUCUUACCGAGUGAUAGAUACAUUCUGAAUGCAUGCAUUUAUUUCCUUGGGAAAUAAACCAUUACUGUACUCUGAUUUUCAGAGCAGAAUCUGUGAAACAGCAUAUGGGAAAGUAAAUGUAAAUGUAAUAUAAAUGAAUUUUAACACUCAAACAAUUUAUUCAACAUACAAGUGUAAAAAAAAGUGUAAAAUUCAUGGAUAAGUUUACCACAAAAAAUAAUUUGCUUUAUGCACAAAAUGAGUUCCGUUCCACCGGCCAUACUGUAUCUCUGUUUGGGACUGUUUAUGCUGUCAGUACAUUUCAUAUUUACACUUCAAUUCUACUGUAUGAUCAACAUGGAUGUAAAAUGAGUACAAUGUAAUAUUUGUUGUUACAUUAUGUAUGAGUAUGUAUGAUAUUCCAAAAUCAUGAAUCAUGAAAAUGAAGAGACAAAUCAGAAGUCUUACUUGUGCAUUUCUUAAAAGUGUAAAAUAGCUUGACUGGAAUUCAUAAUGAAAACACUAUAUAAUACUAUAUAUUCACUCAAAGUUGUUUGUGCAAGGUACACAUGCAACCAACAGAGCAUGAAGAUUUCAAAAUAAAAGUAUAUCUCUCCAUGCUGAAUCCAGUGGAGGGGAAAAACA